UAAAAAAAUGCCGCCGACUUCGCACGCAGCGGUCGCCAGCCCUUCUCCCUCUCGCUCGUCGCGAACUUGGAGGUCUGCGUUGCAAAUGGCGAAAGGCGACGACGCGGUCAAGAGGAAGAAGAACAGGUCGAACAGGAAGAAGCUCCAGAAGAAGCAGGACUCCUCGACCGUCUCCGCCCGCGUCGCCGCCAUCAUCGCCGCCAAGAAGCGGCGCAAGUCCGGCAAGCGCCGCAUCUGCCAGGGUAUGUGUUUCAGUCUUCCUACUCCAGAUGAUCCAUACAAUGAGCGACAUGGCAAGGACGCUUUGACUAAAAAUAUCAAAAAUGGGAAGAGCGCUAAAUCAAGGAAAGGAGCUUUGGAAAGGAAUGAUAAUGGGUCUGAUCCUGUACCGAAUAUAGGAAAUAACGCAGAACGUCCCGAGAACGAGCAGGAGAAAGACCUAACUUCUAACGGUAAGCCUAUGAAAAGAUGUAACACAGCCAGUAAGGAGAUUAAGAAGAGCGAUUGUCAAGGUCAACAAGGUCAUGCUUGGGAGAACUCAUGUUCCUCUAAGUUUCUUACGUUGUGCCUGAAGACAUUGGAGGAUGCGUUGUGGCAUGAAAAUGCUCAGAAUGGUGACAUGACCAACCCUUUGUUUGUUAAUGCCUGGGGAAUCGAAUUCUGGAAACUUUAUGCCUCUGGCAAAGAUAUUCUAGAGGCAAGUGGUGUUUGUUCUUCAGCUGAACAAAUUGCCUGGAUUGUGUCCAUUGCCGCUGAUUCUUUUGCAAGGAAGGAGAAAGAAGGUCUAUCCUUAACCAGCCCUUUCCUUUUAUAUCUUGUGCCAACAGCUGAGAAAGCUGCUGAGGUGCGUGCUAUUUGCAAGCCCUUGAAGGCUCUUGGUAUACAUACCGUGAGUAUACAUUCCGGUGCCUCUAUAGAUCAUCAAAUUCACGGGUUGACAAGCUGUGAGCCUGAGUUUCUUGCGUCGACACCUGAGAGACUUUUGGAGCUUAUUACCUUGAAGGCCAUUGACGUAUCUCAAACGUCCAUGCUGGUUGUUGACGGAGUCAGAACUCGUUCUGAAGGCGCUUAUCUUGAUAUGAUCAAAUCUGUGAGACAAUUUAUUUCUGGAAAUCCUCGUACAGUGGUUUUCAAUGAUUGCCUUAGUUGUCCGUGCACUGCAACUUUGCAAAAUCUUCUGAAUGGACCUAUUGAAAGAUUGUCUCUUAAUGAUUCCAUCACCAGUCUUAGUUCAUGCGCCGUCCAGUGUGCAAACGUCUGCACCUCGGAAGAAGAAAAGCUAUUAAAGGUUUUUCUCAAAGUUGGAGUUGAUCACUUUACUAGGAAAAGGAAGACGGAAGAAGAGAGGAAUUUCAAGAUCAAAGUUUGAGAUCCUUUGAAACAUUUUUGUACUGAUUUAUUUGCUCGAGUUUCCAUAUGAUGGCAAAAUAUUGGCUACUAAAUGCCAUCCGUGUUGUCUUUCCUUUUUCAGUUUGUUCGGAUGAAUACAAGCCUUUGGCUAUCUAUAGAAGGAAAUGCAAAGCUUUUGCUUUCGCGGUCUUCAUCUAGAAACGGGCUAGGUUAUCUGAGUUUUCUUCACUAA